CCACCUCGUAUAUCCAGAUGGAUGAACCAAAACUACUUACUGAGGCAUUAAAUGCCGUAAAAACAAGCCAAAUACAAAUGAAGAAAUGCUUAGAUGCUGAUGAACUGAUGGACGCUUUUAAAUCUGCUUCUUCGAUGUUGUCCGAGCUUAGAACGUCAUCACUCGGACCAAAAGCUUAUUAUGAGUUGUAUAUCGCAGUUUUCGACUCUCUGAGGCAUUUGUCUAGCUAUUUAUACGACGCACAUUUAUCAGGUAAACACCACUUAGCUGAUUUAUAUGAGUUAGUGCAAUACGCCAGUAACAUCAUACCUAGACUUUACUUGAUGAUAACAGUCGCAUCUGUGUAUAUGUCCACGCCAGACGCGCCUAUAAAGGAGAUUAUGAAAGAUAUUCUUGAAAUGUCACGAGGUGUACAGCACCCCAUCAGAGGUCUAUUCUUGAGACACUACCUAUCUGGACAAACUCGCGAUUACUUACCGAUAUCCGUAAGUGACAGCGGUAAUGGUUCACUCAAUGACAGCAUUGCUUUCAUUCUGACGAAUUUCAUUGAAAUGAACAAGCUUUGGGUUAGGCUGCAACAUCAAGGUCACUCUAGAGACAAAGAGAGAAGGGAGUUGGAGAGAAAAGAACUACGUAUCCUCGUCGGUACAAAUCUAGUUAGAUUAUCUCAACUCGAAGAAAUUGAUUUAGCAACCUAUCAAUCACUCAUUUUACCAAACAUCUUAGAACAAGUUGUCAAUUGUAGAGACGUCAUCGCACAAGAUUAUCUCAUGGAAGUUGUUAUACAGGUAUUCCCAGAUGAAUUCCAAUUAAAUACUCUUGGGCCAUUCCUAGCUGCAGCAGCACAGCUUAAUACCCGCGUCAAUAUAAAGCAAGUAGUCAUAUCACUUAUUGACAGAUUAUCGAUGUAUGCUAAACGAGAAUCUGAAAUGCAAUCAACAGAGGAAAUUGCCAAACAGGAUGAAGAAACAAAUAAGAAACUAGAAGAUAAAGUAAAAGCAAGAAGAUCUGGUCAAGAGUAUGUAUCAGAAUCACCAACAGAUAAAAAAGGCAAAGGACGCGAGGAAGAUCCCUCAAAGAAGUACAGGGGUAUCCCACAAUCUGUUAAACUAUUCGAAGUAUUCUGGGAACAAAUCGUCAAUCUCAUUGAAACUAGACCAGAUCUUUCUAUUCAAGAUAUAACCGCAUUGUUGGUAUCGUUAGCAAGUCUAUCACUUAAUUGUUAUCCAGAUAAACUUGAAUACGUUGACCAGGUUUUAUCAUUCACAAAGGCAAAGUUGGACACUAUUCCUCAACAUUCACCACAGACAAUUAAUAACGUUUUAGCACUUUUAAGAGCACCAAUUAGUUCUUACAAAUCUAUGAUCACUUUGCUAGCAUUGCCAUCAUAUUUGCCGUUAAUGCAACUGCAACCAUACCAAUCGCGCAAAUAUAUCGCAAUUGACAUAUGUAAUUCACUUCUCAAUAAUGCUACAAUAAUUGAAAGUCCUAAUGAUGUUAGAGAUAUAUUGGAAUUAUGUCAAGUCUUAAUCAAGGAGGGUUCCUACGAAGACGAAGAUAUAGCAAUUGAACAGGCUUCACUCACUCGUCUCUUACAUCUUUUCAAAUCUGAUGACAAGGAUGUUCAAUUUGAGUUACUCAAAACAGCAAGGGAUCAAUUAGGUGAAGGAAAGAGACGUGUUCAAUUUACCUUCCCAACACUCAUUACCUUAGCAAUAAAGUUAUCAAAGGUCUUAGCGAAUGAUGAUAUUUUCAAAUUCAUCCAUCAGUCUAUAUUCCAACUCCACGUAUUGACAGAUCAUUCGGAUGAAUGUAUGAGACUCUUUUUGUUGGCUACUAGAACAGCAGAUGAGGCUAAAUUGAAGGAGAUGACUUAUGAAUUCUUCAGUGAAGCUCUCCUCUUGAUUGAAGAAGACAUCAUUAGUAGCAAGUAUCAAAUGCAGGGUAUAGCAAGUGCAACUAAGACGCUCCAAAAACUCACCAUAUUUGUCAGCAAUCCAGAUGAGUACCAAGUGCUUGCCAAUAAAUUGGUGAACAUGUCAGCCAAACUCCUCAAAAAGUCACACCAAGCAGAGUCAUUAAUAAUAGCCUCAUCAGUAUUCUGGCAAGCUGAAGGGGGUAUUCGAAAUGGUAGCUCAAUUAAGGCUGUAUUGGAGAGAGCAAGCCGUAUCGCAUCCACACUAAUUGAUCCUGUGACAACAACGCAGAUAUAUGUCGACAUCCUCGACGCAUACCUUAUGUACCUUGAUAUGGAAGUGGAGGAAAUAAGUACAAGUGUAGUAUCUGACGCCGUUCAACUCAUCAGCGGCAACUUGGAUAGCAUGGAGGAGGCUAACAAGCAUCCAAUUUCUGUAGCAUUGAGAGCGCCAUCAGUGGUUGAUGUUAAGCUCACAUCAGCGAAUGUCACAUCACAAUUCAAACGCUCUAUUGCUCACAUCCACAGUAAACGUAACUAUACACCAAAAUGGAAUGAAAUAGACGUGGCUGGACCUUCCCUUAGAUUUGGGAUUAAUUGAUUAUUUUUGUAAUAAAAAAGAUUUCGCGUAUGUAUCAACCUUCUACAUUUC